AUGGAGGAUCAAGAAUUAGUUGAAUUAAGAGAUUUAAAAGCAGAAUUGUUCGCGAAGGCAAAUGAUUUACUCAAGCAAUUAAAAGAUCAAGAAGGAAAUGGCCAGAAAUGCCUUUCUACUAGCAAAUUAAUGUCAGAUUCCACAAAAGACACAAAAACCACAGAAAGUAAAUUGACAGAUAAUCAAAAACAUGAAUUAUGUAAAGUUACUCGCCAAGUAACAGGUAUACGGUUUGAAAAUAUAGACAGACAGUGGUUGAAGAAUGAUAUUUAUCAAUAUAAUGCUAAACUAAUAACAGCGGUUCUUGAGUUAUUGUUGGAACUGAAAGUAAAGAUAGAGGGAGAAAAGGAAUUUGAAAUUCAGGGUAUAAUGUGUCAUUUUAUAGGACUUGACAAUUGUUAUAUGCUGGAAAUUCAAUCAUGGAUACAAAAGAUUUGUAGAAGGAAAAAUUUUUCACUCCUAGCAUCUGCAAUUUCACAAUACAGUGACCAACAUAAAGCAAGGAGCACUAUUUUGGAGCAAUUGACAGAGAAGAAGUAUGCAAAUUCUAAACAAUGUACAGACGACAAUGGAGGCAUAACAGUGUUUGUACAUUCUCCUAGAAACGUGAAACAAGUUUAUUUACAAUUUCAGUGGUCAUUAUUAUUUAUAGAACAAACUUGGAGAAGUGAACAUAUUUUUGUCAUACAUCCUUCACCAGAAGGUGCCGACUUUACAAAUAAAUAUCAGGAUUUGGUACAGAAGUUUUGUGAUAAGCCCAUAGAUAGAAAGAGAAAGGUUAGAGAUUUGUGGGAAGAACUGUGCACUGCAAUUGAUUCAUAUGAAGACAGUGAUGAAAGGAGAUCAAGUGACAAUAAUAAUAGUGAUGGAUAA